CAGUCGGAUCGACAUUGGAGCUAUCAAACCUUCCACAUUGGCCAACAUGGCGACCGACUGGGAAGAAGUGAAGCGACUUGCAGCUGAUUUUCAGCGAGCCCAGCUGAGUACAACUGUGCAAAGGCUGUCCGAGAGAAACUGCAUUGAAAUAGUGAAGAAACUGAUUGAACUGAAGCUGAUCGACGUCGUCUUCACGAAUGAUGGAAAGGAGUACAUCACCCCCAAGCACCUUCAGAAGGAGAUUCUCGACGAGCUUACAGUGGCAGGAGGCCGCAUCAACAUGGUCGACUUGGCCCACAUUCUCAAUGUCGACCUCAGUCACAUUGAGGCAAGGUGUGCGGAGCUGGUUCGGACCGAGCACAGCCUUCAAAUUGUUCUGGGACAGCUGAUUGACAGGUCCUACCUUGACUCACUGGCCGAAGAUAUCAACGAGAAGCUUCAGCAAGCGGGCCACAUCACGUUUGGCGAGAUCACCAAGCAGUAUGACCUGCCACCGGACUUCCUUGAAGACGUGAUCCACUCGCGGCUGGGCACGGUGAUCCGAGGCCAGGCCGACCCUCACGACAGCCGGCACAUCUUCACCGACGCCUACGUCACCAGGCACAAGUACCGUGUCCGGGGCGCACUCUCGGCAGCCAUCAGGCCAGUGACCCUGAGCAGCCUCGUGAAUGCGUUCAACUUCCCAGACAAGUUGCUGUAUGGCAUGAUUGAGGACCUGCUGAAGGAAGGUCGUCUGGCUGGCACCCUCGUCGGAGGCCGGUCGGAGCGUGCCUCUUACGUGCCGGACCUGUACUCCCGCUCGCAGGCCAACUGGGUGGAUGCCUGCUACCGACAAAACGGGUUUCUUGAGUAUGAUGCCCUGAUGAGGCUGGGAAUCCCAGACCCCAAGGCCUACAUUCGUCGUCACUUCAAGGACGAGUCGCUCGUGUUCCUCAAGUCACUGUGCAUCGGCCAGACACUACUGGCACAGGUUGAAGCCGCCAUCGAUGAAGCUGCUGGCACAGGCUCCUGGGUGGACGUCGCACCCCUGCUGCCAUCGGUGUUCACACCGGAGGAUGUGUCGGGCAUCGUGCAGUCGGUGCUCAAGUCACGGCCACGAAACGCCAGUCAGUCGGUGCAGCAGCUUCUAGACACCAUCAUCGUUAGCGAUGCCUUCAUCGAGACCUGUGUGCGGUCUUUCGACCCGCUCAUGACCACGAAGGCUGAACUGGACUCUCAGAAGGGUGUGGUCUUCCUCGAGGCGACACCAGCGGCACCACAACCACACCACCGCCGGGCAGCCGCUGCGGCUCCUACGCCGACCGCAGCCGAGGACGGGCAGGACAAGAAGGACGAACGCCGCAAGAAGGCGACAGGUGGCAAGUCGGGCGGUGGAACUCAGGGCCGAGAGACCAAGACCAAGGCGGUCAAGCCCAAGAAGCAGCAGCGGCGCGGCCGUGGCGGAGGCGACUCGGACUCGGAGGACGACGCUGGAGACGGACCGAGCCAUUCCCAUCGCUCCAAGCAACAGCAGGAGCUGGAGUUCAUGACUGUUGAUGAGAUGCGGGUGCAGCUGGAACAGCUUCCGCUGCUCCGCGAUUGCCCGCCAGAGCUCAGUCAGAGCAUUGCCGAGAAGAUCCACAGGCCACUGACACGCAAGUACCAGGAAGUGGCUAGGUCGGUGUUCCUGGCAACGUCGAGUGCAUCUGGUGCUGCGCGGCGCAAGACAUUUGCCGAGCUGCAGGAGAAGGUCUCGUCCCUGCUGCUCAGCAUUCAGCAGUUUGACCGAGGCAUCAAGGCUCUGCCCACAGCGGAGGAGCUCCAGUCCCAGCUGGCCAAGCACCUUUUAAAGACGCUGUGUUCGGACCUGACCAACCUGGUUGUCGGCUACUUGGCGGCCGAGCAUGCCAAGGAAGCAGAAACACCGGCUAGCAUGGCCCCCGAGGUGCGGCAAAAGCUGAUCCAGAAGCUUCCAGCUGACGUUAGGAGUCCAGUACUCAAGCUGCACCAAUCGCUUUCAGCCAAGACUCUGGAAGACUUCUUGGCCGAUGUGGAUGUGGUGUUGGGACCAGGCGUGUGCGACAUGAUCAUCCGCUCCGACAAGAAGAAAGAGAGGCAAUGGCUGCUGGGCCACCGCCAGGCUCUGCUGGCGCAGCUGUCAGAGGCUGAAGAUGCUGCGCUCUGCCUGCACCUGGCUGUGCUUCUCGUGGCCCAGGCUCAGACGCAAAAGGCACUCCACGCCUCGGGACGCUUCGUGCCCCAGAUUCUGUCUGCACUAAGAACACAGUUGCCACCAGACACAUUUGCCCUUCUACACCAAGCACAAGAGCUCGUCAUGAGGCACCUUACACUUGACGACUCAUCAAACGAGAAAGAAUCGGUUGCUUCGUCCCUCAAGGAGCUGGUUCCAAAGCUGAAGGAGACUGGCGCCACCUACAAGAAGCAGGGCCCAACCGAGGAGUGAAGACCACUCUGUCGUCUUGCACCAAUGUCCCAGUGCCUUUCAUGAACAGAAAGAGCUGGCCGUGUUUCAGAUGGUUGGUUGAUUGAAGACGUAUUUCAACAGCGGUAAAGAAUGGUUCAAAAGGGUUUCAAGGAGGCUCGCAUUUUGUGCUCUUGAGCCCUCUUUUGUGUUAAGGAUUAGAUUUUGCAUAUAUGAAACUGGUUCGCAAUAAAGGAGCAAGCUUGCCACGCG